AUGAGUUACGGCGGCAUGAACCAGCAACGUGGUGGAAUACCGAACAGUGGCCGUGGCUUUCAGCAGGCUGGUCCUGACACGCGCAAUGGCUCCCUCGGGAGCCUGCCCGGGCACACAAGCGACAGUGCUUUGAGCAACCAAGAUCGGGCUGCUCGUUUCGAAGAUGAAAAGAAAAGGAUCAUUGAGAGUUGCUUCGCCAAACGAGACCCAGAUGGCACCAACCUCGAGUCGUAUAUAACACAUGUACGCGUCGCCGAAGAUGCCAUGUACCCGUCCUCGCCAGCUCCUGCCAAUUCGCCUGCCGCAAACAAGAAGAACAGAAUCAUUCUGGUGGCUGUACGGCGCUCGGGCAAGGUUAGAGUCCACAAAGCCCGCGAGAAUCCCAAUGGCUCUUUCUCCAUCGGCAAGACCUGGAAUCUUGAUGAGCUGUCCGCCAUCCAGUCCUACACUGCAUUCAACCCAAGUACAAAUCAGGAGAGUAUGGAGAAACAAUGGGCUGGCACUACCGGUUUUCUGGUCACGUUGGGCAAACCAUACUAUUGGCAAGCGUCUACGGCGAAAGAGAAGGACUUCUUCAUUGCAAGCUUGACCAAGAUCUUUCGAAAGUAUACCGGCGGACGUGCACCACAGCUGAUAGGUUUUGCGCCUCAGGAGAUGGACAUGCUCACAGCCAGCACCCCGGGCAACACACCAGCCAUGGGCGGCGUUUCACCUAACCUAAACGCCGGUGGUCUGCCUUCACCUGUGCCCACCCCUCCGUCGAUGCCAGCUGCGAUGUCUCCUCGCCCGCAGUCGCCCUUAGCUCUCCGAGCACCAGCUCGGCCCAACCAACAGCCGGAUCCUCCACAGAAUCGUCCGUACAAUCGUACCAAUGUCCGGCCUGAAACACGCGAGGGCCAACGAAUGCCUUCCGAAGAGCCCACGCGUUCACCGGCACGCUUCCCAGCUAAGAUCGAGUCGACCGAGGAUCUUAGAAAGCGUUCCUUGGGCGAUAAGUCUGCCUCGUCAGGGACCUGGGGCUCCCUGUCAGAUAUGCCACAACCUCUGCGACCUUCGGCGAGCCCCAAACCAUCGGUAUCGUCUACUCAACCGAGCGAGAGUAUAUCAGAGUUGCCUGCAAAUAGACAGAAUGGCGUGCCAAAGAAUGCCAUGGCUCAAUAUGGUCCCGGUGGGCGCAACUUCUCGUUUUCGAAGAGCCAGGAAUCCGUAGCAGCCGCAAGCGACUACUCAAACCCAUCCAGACCAUCUACAGCUGCCGAGAGGAAGCCCACAGAACCCGUCCCUCCUGUCCCUCCAAUAAAUGAUCCGCCUCCGGACCGAUUGCGUCCACAGAUAGGCAGCAAUAGGGAGGCCGCUAGAAGCGAGAAGUCCCUACAGAGUCCGUCGGCCAGCCAGUUCGUUACACCCGCUGCAAGUCCGGGUGCCACGAGAAAUGAAAGCCGCAAUGAUGAGCCCGAGCCCCUCAAGCUCUCGAAAGGUAUCACCACUCAGGCUAAGCAGUCAACAGAGCCUAAGGAGUAUUUUGACACCAAAGCCGCCAGCGACACGAAGGGCAACGAUGCAGUCAUGCAGGGUCCUCCAGAUCUGCCAGCCGAGCACAUUCUGUCAGAGUCUCCGUUGACGCCUGUCGGAGACAAUGUCGUUGCCUCGCCAGACAGCGUGAAAGCUCCGGAGAGCGAGCUGUCGACGAAGAAAGAAAAGGAAGAGGAGUAUCGACCAGGACUUGGACCAAUGAUGAAGAAGAAGUCUGCUAAGGAUAUUGCCAAUCAAUUUCGGAAAGCCGCGCUGGCGGCAAGUGCUUUCCAGCCACGGCAGGGCGGCGCUGGCGCACGGCUGAAAGCGAUGCAAGACAAGAACUCAAACGAGCCCGAUGGCAUCACCAGCGUCGUCCCAGCUCCUCUACUAAGAGGCAUGAGCACGGACAGCGUUGCCAGUGACAAGCCGAGCAUCACCAGUCCUCCCCCAGAGAAAGACAAGGACAGGCCCCGGACGCCGCUGGCUAGUGCUUUCCUACCAAAAGUGCAGCUUCAAAGGACCGCAACAGAUAACAGCGUCAAGGCGCCCACCGAGACACCAAGACCUGUAGAUGAGCCGCAAGAACUGACGAAACUCGAACCCUCAGAGCCUGUCAGAUCUGGCUCGCCCGAACGAAAGAAGCGGCAAAAGCUUGAGAUCGAGGUCGGAAAGUAUUGCGCCAUUCUUGGAGUCGAUCCUCGGGUCAUGGAAGGUCGCGGCGCCGAUUUCAAUGAGAUUUUAACAGAGUUUGGCUGGGAGGGCCGCCUAUCUGAAAAGCAGAAGAUCGAGAACUUCGAGUCUGCCAUUAGACGCGAGAAUGGUCGCGCUCAGGCGGCUGGGUGGCUCGGUCAUAUUGAGCAGCAGGAGGUCAAAGUCGCUGACUUGUCCAGAGCCUUUGACAAAGCGAUAGCAGAGUGUGAAGAGAUGGACGGACUGCUCACGCUCUACUCUCACGAGCUUGAUACCUUGGCCGAAGACAUCGAGUAUAUCGAGGCUCAGUCACAAGGUCUACAAGUGCAGACAGCGAACCAGAAACUGCUGCAGUCGGAACUCCAGGGUCUACUCAAGACCCUCACCAUAUCAUCGUCGGACCUCCGUGCAUUGCAAAGCGCACCGCUUGACUCUGCAGACGGCGUUCAGUCAAUCGAAAUGUCUUUGCUCACGCUUUACCGAGCGCUGUUGACAAUCGAUCCAGAGAUCCGGCAAAACAAAACGAGAAAGGCAGCAUCAACUUGCAACGAACGAAGCGGCGUCGGUGUCUACGCAGAUCAAGAAAUUGGACAGAUGCGAGCUGUCACGCAGAAGAAGGAAGAGUAUCGAGAAGAAACACUUCAGUUCUUGCGAAGAUUCAAUCAGCACAUGACUGCAAUGUUCAAGCAAACUGAGCAAAGGACCAGCGAAGACAAUUCUCGCAGUCUCGCAUCAGUCUCAUCCUCAUCGUUACUACUGCCGAGUCUGCAGUCCUCUCGCCAGGAGCUUUGGUCUUACAGCCCAAUCAUGCUAUUUGUACGGGAGGUCAAUAGCUACGAAUGGUCGACCCUGAUAUCAAGGUACGAGAUCAAUAUCAAGAACGCCUACGUGGACAAUUUCCGCGAGUACAUCAGCCAUAACAAGAAGAAAGCCAGUAAGCCUGCCGGUGAAGAGCUUGAGGCGUUAUUCACCCACCAGGAAAAAGACAAAGGGGAAGAAUCCAUGACAUCUACUGCUGCAAGAAAGCUGACAGUCAAGCGUGGCAAGACUGUCAAAGCUGGUGGACUUCGACGAACCUUCGAUCGACGCGACGGGAAACCCGAUGCAUGGGAGAUCUUUGAUUCUGUGCUGCAAGAGCAGGCAAAGGUAGUUGCCGAGGAACAGAACUUCAUCGUUCACUUCUUCCAUCUCACUUCUCAGACCAGUGUCGACUGGCUGGAUAACCUUGGCUCGAAAACUUCUGCACAGCGGAGCCUGCCAAACCUAUCCACACAGCUGCCCUACGAUGCAGAUCGCGACAUGGCCAAACAAGUCCAGAACACAGUCGAGGGCAUCUACUCAUUCUGGACUCCAGAACUGGAACAAUUGACGGACUGGGCCGUGGGCGUUCUAUGCGCGCUCGAACGCACUCUCGCUACCUACGAAGAGACCAACCAAGAAUACAUGACUCGCGCUCUGCGGGGACUCCACGACCGUUUGGCUGGCCUCUUCCAAAAGUUCAUCGACGAGCAGGUCAAAGCCAUCGAGGAGACCAAAGUCAAGGUCAGCAAGCGAAAAGGCAUCAUCCCGUUCAUGCGCACCUUCCCAAUCUUCAGCUCCAUCGUCGAAGGUAUGAUCCCACAAGAGUUUUACCACAACGAGUCCCUAGAACUUCGCUUCAUCCUGAACGACGCCUACUCCCGCAUCCUAAAGGCAAUGUGGGAAUCUCUCAGCUUCAUCGCCAAAGACAACCCCGCCAGCGGCACCUCUACCGGCGUCGCGAGCACUACAGCCCCUGCUGCCGGCUCAGGUGACCCCGAAGACAAAGAAGCCCUGAACUACCACAUCCUCCUGAUCGAGAACAUGAACCACUACCUCGAAGAAGUCCAGGUCCACGACAACAUGAUUCUCCGCGACUGGCGCGACCGCGCCGAAAAGGACAUGUACAAGCACCUCAGCCAGUAUGUCGACGCGGUCAUCCGUCGGCCGAUGGGCAAGUGGCUCGACUUCUUAGAGAGUACUGAGGCACUCCUCAAGACCAACGAGGGCAACCCAACCGUGAUUGCCAACAAGCCAAGUCACAGUCGGAGCAGCGCGAAGAAGGUGCUGAGCAGCUAUGAUGCGAAGGAGGUGAGGAAGGGCGUGGAGACGUUGAAGAAGAGUGCGGACAGUAGGAAGGGGUUGAUUAGUAGGGUGCUGGAGGAGUGCAACAUACGGUAUGAUCAUGCGUGGGAUCGAAUGGAUGUUAUUGUGCGGCAGGUCUAUGAGGGGAAUCUGGAGAUUGAGUGGAAGAAGGCGGAGGUUGGGGCGUUGUUCAAACGGUAG